CAGAUUUCAUAACCGCACUGUAAAAUGGCACAACCUGAAGCUGUCUAUGCUACUGACGAGUACGGAAGGCCUUUUAUCAUCCUGCGGGAACAGGGAAAGAAGACAAGGAGUCAUGGUGUCGAGGCAAUCAAGUCCCAUAUCCUUGCUGCACGCACAGUUGCGAACAUCAUUCGUACAUCGUUAGGUCCAAGAGGGCUGGACAAAAUCCUUAUCUCGCCAGAUGGUGACAUCACUGUCACUAACGAUGGUGCUACGAUCUUGGGACAGAUGCAGGUGGAACAUCAGAUCGCAAGACUCCUCGUGCAGCUUUCCAAGAGUCAGGAUGAUGAAAUCGGAGAUGGGACGACGGGCGUUGUUGUCCUCGCUGGUGCAUUGCUGGAACAAAGCGAGGCUCUCCUUGACCGAGGAAUCCAUCCGAUCCGUAUUGCAGAUGGUUUUGACAAAGCAUGUACAGUGGCCGUGGAACAGCUCGACCGCAUUUCAGAUCGCGUCGAGUUCUCCAAGGAUAGUAACGCUAAUCUCCUCAAGACUGCCAUGACCAGUCUAGGAAGCAAAAUUGUCUCAAAAGAACACCAACAAUUUGCUCAGAUAGCAGUUGAUGCAGUACUUACUGUGGCCGACCUUCAACGCCGCGACGUUCCUUUCGACCUCAUCAAAGUUGAAGGCAAAGUUGGCGGGUCCCUUGCAGAUACUACACUUAUCAGAGGCGUAUUGAUCGAUAAAGACAUGUCACACCCUCAAAUGCCAAGUUCCGUUUCCGACGCCCGACUUGCGAUCCUCACCUGCCCCUUUGAGCCGCCCCGCCCAAAGACAAAGCAUAAGCUGGACAUCACCAGUGUGGAUGAAUUCAAAAAGCUGCGAGAGUACGAAAAAGAAAAGUUCGCGGAUAUGAUCAAGAAAGUAAAGGAUACUGGCGCCAACUUGGUUAUCUGUCAGUGGGGCUUUGACGAUGAGGCUAAUCACUUGCUGAUGCAAAAUGAAUUGCCCGCUGUCCGCUGGGUUGGUGGCCCAGAGAUCGAGCUCAUAGCAAUAGCCACGCAGGGUCGUAUCGUGCCGCGAUUUGAGGAUCUUACUGCAGAAAAGCUUGGUAAAGCAGGCAUAGUGCGGGAGGUCUCCUUUGGCACCACGCGUGACAAGAUGCUUGUCAUUGAGGAGUGCGCCAACUCUCGUGCCGUGACGAUUUUCGUUCGUGGAAGCAAUAAAAUGAUCGUUGAUGAGGCAAAGCGUGCAUUACACGAUGCCAUCUGCGCAGUGCGAAACCUCGUGGUAGAUAACCGGGUUGUUUACGGCGGAGGCGCUGCCGACAUUAGCUGCUCAGUUGCUGUGUCGAAGGCUGCAGACGAGAUUCCAUCGAUCGAACAAUACGCUAUGCGUGCCUUUGCAUCCGCUUUGGAUGCUAUCCCGUUGGCGCUUGCGGAGAACAGCGGAUUGUCACCUAUAGAGACGCUCACCGAGGUGAAGAGCAGACAGGUCAAUGAGAAAAACACACGCCUAGGCAUAGACUGUUCGGGUCGGGGCGAGAAUGAUAUGAAGACCCAGUUUGUAUAUGACCCUCUAAUCUCCAAAAGACAGCAAUAUCUACUUGCUACACAGCUUGUACGUGCCGUUUUGAAAAUUGACGAUGUCAUAGUGUCAGGUCAAGACGAAGAAUAGAUGGAGUCAUCUAGAAGAUUAAAACCCAAUUGAUACUGUUAUACUGCAUGUAAUCGUUACAUAUUCCGUUUAUCAUCGAAUUCAUUUACAGAAAUUGAGCGCUUUAUCGUGAAACGAUACGAUCAUUGCAAGUCAUUGCCACAAGUAGCCCCGAAUAUGCACAGCAUAUUUUGAAAUGGCAAGAUGAUCCGGUAGUUAAGACUUAUUCUAGAUACUAUUCCGUGCUGUUAGCGCCUUCAUGUGAAGCUUCUUCCGUAUCGAUGAUGCUAUCUAUGGUCGCCGCGAAUGAGAUCUCGUCAUCGUAUUUGUCAACUUGAAGGGUUUGAGCAGCCCUCCUUGCCUCUGAAUAAAAUGUGAAGGAUGACUUCCCUACAUCGACUGACCUCCCGAAAUCAAUCAUUCGGAAGCUGGACACAUCGCUAGACGCUCGGACGGUAGGUGACUCGGUCAGUGGACCAGGUUGUACCACGAAAUUACGGAGAGCAAAAGAUUCAUGAAGCCACCCUUCACGGUGGAAUUUGUAGAGCAAAGAAGCACACUCUCUCCUCUGGUCUUUUGUGAGAUUUUCUGGCGUUAUCGGGGAACCACAGUCCUCGAGCAGCAUGAUUGGGCUCAAGUAAAGCUCUUGGGCUUCGGAAGACUUGGAUCGGGAAUGCUUUGACGAGGAAUCCUUCUCUUCCUUUUUCGAUAGCGGGUCUGUGGCAUCUUCAUCGAUACCUCCAUCGGGUGUGUCGGGAACAUAAUAGCCGUAGAACUGAGGGACGACGGCGCCCACCGGAACCGGAUCUCGCAGAGGUUUGAUUAGAUUGUACCCAUUCCAAUGCUCAAAGAAAUGUGCUGGGAAUUUUUGGUAAUUGCUGCAUUCUAUAUCGAGAUGAUUGUCAUCCUGAACUGAAAGUUUGGCUGCAACCCGCACUUUGGCAGUACGAGGAACGCCUUUCCCCCGCGGUAGAUUAUGCUCACAGAGUCCUGGUGCAUAAGAAGGAUGUUGCCAUCUAAUCUUUGGAUGAGAGGUGAUAGUCGCUGGCCCUUUGUAAUCUUUUAAGGGGGGAAUAAUGCCGGCACUAGAAACAGACCCUGCUUCAUCGAGAGCAUAGCUCGACAAAUCCACUUCCGCGUCCUUAUGCGAAGAAAUUCCUUUUGAUGUUUCUUGAUUGGGGUUCAAGGAACUUGCAAUACAGCUAUCCCUAAGUUCUUCCAUGCCAUCCAAGACACACGUGUUACAUUUUUUAUCUGCUACC